GCCAUCCUCCACUGCCCUCCCGGGCCACAGCAGAGAGCUGGACUGGAAGAGGAGCAACCAGGACAGGAUCCGGCGCCCCGACCGGGACUAGAACCCAGUGUGCUGGCUCCGCAGGCGGAGGAUUAGCCUAGUGAGCCGCGGCGCCAGCCGCUCCACUUCUGAUCCAGCCCUCUUCUAAUGCACCUGAGAAAGCAGUGGAAGAUGGCCCAAGUCCUUGGGCCCCUGCACACACCCAUGUGGGAGACCUGGAAGAAGCUCCUGGCUCCUGGAUUCGGCCUGGCCCAGCCUUUUGUGGCCAUUUGAGGAGUGAACCAGAGGGUUGGAUGAUCUCUCUAUCUCUCUCUCCAUCUCUCUGUCACUCUGUCUUUGAAAUAAGUAAGCAAAUCUUUAAUAAUUAAAACAAGGGACAAGGGCACCCAAAGGCUCUGUUUGCACACUUGCUUUAAACAGGAUUCAUCCAGACAGGUUCCAUGGCCCAGGGAGGCAGGGCACAGACACUGGAGUGUGGGGCGAGGUGACGUCACGGAGCCCACCCUGCAGCUGAGGCCUCGGCCACCGGUCCUCCUUCCUGGGGGCGUUUUGGAGAGUGUCUGAAACAUGGGCUGAGUGUUUACACCAGAAAUCGCCUUCAUAAAAGCAGAAAUUGGGGCCUUCUGGGGGUCACAGCAGAGGCUUACGUUGGGAAAUCGCUGUGCGGCUUCCUAUGAUCAUGUCAGGGCGAGGAACAGACACCCACACAGGGCCGAUGCUCCGCGCGCUCCCGCAUCUCCGGAAGAGCCCUGCGGUGCGUGGUUGCAGUUCCCCACGAUGGGACAUCUGGCUGGCGUGUGACUGAUGUGUCACUUAGUGGUGAGUGUUUAAUGCAGGCAUUGGGGACAACAAUCAUCCGCGAGUGAUUCCAUGACUCACGUAGCAUCCCACGGUCUUGACUGGCAUGUGACUUCCAUAGUUUCUUUAUACAUAUUUGAAAAUCAAGCAUCUGAGAGAAAUUGGCCAGUCAUUAACCAUUUUGCUGCUCAUCCAUUAUCCCCAUGUGGGGUCACAUUGUUAUUCGGUAAUACGUGUUCUAAAUGGAGCAUCGGUGAUCCAUGAAUCAAUUCUUCCAUCUGCUGGUUCACUCCCCAAAUGGCUACAAUAGCCAGGGCUGGGCCAGGCUGAGCCAGGAGCUUCAUUCGAGUCUCCCAUGUGGGUGGCAGGGGCCUACGGUCAUCCUCUGCUGCCUUCCCAGGUGCAUUAGCAGGGAGCUGGAACCAGCACCCUAUGGGAUACCGGUGUCGCAGGUGGUGACUGAACCCGCUGCACCGCAGCACCCAGCCCCGAAACUUGUCUUUUUUUUUUUUUAUCUUUUAUUUAAUGAAUAUAAAUUUCCAAAGUACGACUCAUGGGUUACAAUGGCUUCCCCCGAAACUUGUCUUUUGAUUGCAUCUCCCACAUGUUUUCAUGUUGGUGGUGUAGCACGGGGGGCUUUGAAGUGUGUGUACGCUGCGGGGUGGCUGCAAUUGGGCUGAAUCACAGACAUGUUGCCUGAGCAUUUCUGUUGGUGCUUCAACACCAUCGGCCGGCCGCCUUAGAAGUCAAAGAGGAAGGCAGGAGGGUCCGGGCGAGCGAGGGGGCUGGGGAGGAUGGACGCAGAGCCUGGACUACGGAGACGGAGAGGGUGAAGAGGCAACGUGAGAGGCAGAUGUGAAGGAGCUGCAGGAGGAAUGCGGGGGAGCCUUCUCUGGCCCCCAGCACAGCGGGAUUCCAGCCCAGGGAGACCGCGGAGCGGUGAGGGACACACCUGCGCCAUUGCGCCAGCCAGCGAGUUGGCGGUGUCUUCUCGGAGCAGAGCGGGAGCUGGUGUGCGGGAAGUCACUAAUCCACGCUAACCUGACUACAACAAGCCCGAGGUUUCGAUCUUCCUUCCAAGUGACGAACCUGCACGUGGCAAAUGUUCCAUAAUUAUCUGUUGACACUGCGGCAUAAAAAAGAGUUAAACCACACCAGCAGAGCCUGGGGGCCAGGAUGGGCGCCCCCAUCUCAGCGUGUGAAAAGUCUGCAGGGAGCCUGUGCCCGCCCCAGGCACAGCCUGAGCCCUGGGGGAAUGUGGGCCAGGCUCCUGGGGGGAGCGGUUCCCCUUCCUGUGGCGCGGUUGAUGGAACAACCUCGUGACUGGGAGGGGCCAGUCUCCGAGCGUCCACACCCGGUGUGUGUCCGUCCUGCUGGGCACAGUGUCGGGGCCAGUGGAGGAGACAUCAUGACCCCCACCCUCGUGGUCCUGCUCUGCCUGGGGCUGUGCGGGCCCAGGACCCGAGUGCAGGCAGGGACCCUCCCCAGACCCAGCCUCUGGGCUGAGCCAGGCUCUGUGAUCACCCUGGGCAGGCCUGGAGCCCUGUGGUGUCAGGGGACCCUGGAGGCCCAGGAGUUCCAUCUGUAUAAAGAGGGAAUCCCAGAGCCCUGGGACAGACAGAUGCCACUGGAGCCCAGAAACAAGGCCAAGUUCUCCAUCCCUCUCAUGGCUGAGGUGUAUGCGGGGCGCUACAGCUGUGUCUGCCUCAGCGCUGCUGGCUGGUCAGAGCCCAGUGCCACCCUGGAGCUGCGGGUGUCAGGAGCCUACAGCAAGCCCAGCCUCUCGGCCCUGCCCAGCCCCGUGGUGACCUCAGGGGACAAUGUGACCCUCCAGUGCCGCUCCCAGCUGGGAUUCCACAGGUUCAUUCUGACAGAGGAGGGGGUGCCCUGGGCUGCCAGGACCCAGAGCUUGGAGCCACGCCCCAGUGCGCGGUCCCAGGCCCUGUUCCCUGUGGGCCCUGUGACUCCUGGUCGCAGGUGGGCGUUCCGAUGCUAUGGCUCCUACAGGGAGAAUCCUUUUGUGUGGUCAGAGCCCAGUGACGCCCUGGAGCUGAGGGUGACAGUCUCAGGCUCCUGUGGGGGUCCCAGCCCCCCCCCACAAGCCCCAUCUCAGCAGCAGGAGGCCCUGAGGGUCAGCCGCUCACCCCCAAGGAGCCCGCCCCACCGAGUGGACAAGCGCAGGAAGUCGGACCACAGGGAGGCUGGUGCUCAGCGUCCUGCGCCCGAGCCCAAGGCUGGAGGCCUGCCCAGGAGCUCCGGCCCAGCUGCUGCCACCCAGGAAGAAAACCUCUAUGCCACCGUGAAGGGCAGCCAACCUGGGCGCGGGCUGGAGCUGGUCAGCAGCCAGGCUGCAGCCCCCGAGGCGCCCCUGAACGUGAUCUACGCCCAGCUGUGCAGCCUGACGCCCACACAGUAGGCAGCUGCCAAGUUUCCUGCCGGUCAGAGCCCUGCCUGAGCCCAGUGAGUUCACUGCUCUGGACCCCUGCCAGGAGGGACCCCGGCCCCUCACUGCACGGAGGGCACAGGAGCUGCCCCAGGGGACACCGAGUUAGGACGCUGGC